UCUUUCAUAUUUCUAUAUCAUAGACAAUCAACAAACUGAAAUGAAAAUGUCCGUCGUAAAAGAAACGAUCUAAUUUAGUUUGUGAAUUUGUAAUGAACUUGGCUUGCAAUGUGAAAUAUAUUGUAUAAUUUAUUAUUUUAUAAGAGUGUAGUAACUUCAACAAUGAUUGUUCAAGAACCAAUACAAAUAAAUCGUUUGAAUUUCCAACAGGUGAUCGUUUGGGAUUGUCUCAAUAACUAUGAAUAUGACAAUGCUAUAUUUUUGGCAGAGAGAUUGCACGCUGAAGUUUCAUCAGAGGAAACAGCAUUUUUGCUGGGCACAUGCUAUUAUAGAUCCGGACGCGUGAAUGAAGCGCAUAAUUUACUACAAAAUACACAUCUAACAUUACCACAAGCAAGAUUUUUGCUAGCAAAAUGUUCAUUAGACCUAAAGUUAUAUAAAGAUGCUGAAAUUGCAAUUGGAUCAAAUCUAGAUAUUGUUGCAUCUGAAUUUGGGGAACAAGCACCUUUUGCAUUGCAAGUCCUUGCUAAGAUUUAUAAUAUCACAGAAAGAAGAGGAAAAGCAGCAGAAGCUCAUAGGAAAGCAUUGUCAUUAAAUCCAUUCAUGUGGAAAUCAUUUAUGCAAUUAUGUAAUUUAGGAGAGAAAGUAGAUCCACAUCAUGUGUUCCAAAUGAAUAAUACAGAGUUUUCAUUUGGAGUAACAUCAUUAAUGAAUCUAGUCAGUAAUUCAGAGAAUAUUUCAUUUGUUAAUACUAACAUUCCUAAUAAUACUAGUAUGAAUUCUAAUGUUACUCCAAAUAAUAUUGUUGCUAGGACACCCAUGACUAUGUCCACAAGCAUAACUCCAGAAACACAAGCUCCUGUUAAACGUAUGCACAGUGUGUUCAGUGGUAUAGCACCAAUACCUUUUUCACCAUCAUUUGGCAUGUUACCAAUGGAAGAGUCACCUGUCUUAUAUACUCCAACACUUACAGAUUCUAAUGAACAAAAAGCCAUACCUAAGAUAGUGAAUUCCUUAAGAGCCCAAAUGUCUGCUGUGUUCAGCCCAGCCCCGAGGUGUUUGGGACCAGCUCCUAGACGUUCAUCAAGACUUUUUAGUAAUAACAAUAGUAGUUAUUCAGUUAAAGAAAAUAAUAAAUCACCAAGCAGGAAAUUUGUGGCACCUAAGAGUCCUUCAAGAAAAAAUAAACAACGGACUGCUAAAAAUAUUAAAACAAACUCAGUUGAAUCAAAUGAGAGGAAUAAAACUAUAGAGGCAGUUACGCCUACAUUAACUCCAAAGAGUUCUAAUGGUAUAGCACUAUUAAAUUUAUUAAAAGAGUUAGGUGAUGCAUAUAAAGCAUUGGCAUUUUUAGAGUGUAAAAAUGCAAUAAAAUUAUUCCAAGACGUACCUCCAAAGCAGCUAGUUUCCCCCUGGGUGCAAACCAUGAUUGCUCGUGCUCAUUAUGAAUUAGCGCAGUAUGAUGCAGCAGCCAAAAUUUUUGCAGAUAUUAGGAAACAAUACCCAAAUCGCACAGAGGGCAUGGAUAUUUAUAGUACCUGUUUGUGGCAUUUACAGAGAGAAGCACAAUUAUCUGCUUUAGCUCAAGAGUUAGUAGAAUUAAAUAGAACAGAUCCUAUUGCGUGGCUAGCAUCUGGCAAUUGUUUUUCUCUUCAUAAAGAACGUGAAACUGCUCUUAAAUUCUUUAAACGAGCAGUCCAGAUAGAUCCAGAUAUGUCAUAUGCACAUGCAUUAUUAGGACAUGAAUAUGCUGUUGCUGAAGAAAGUGACAAAGCUCUGGCUAGUUUUAGGACUGCAGUCAGUAUUGAUCCUCGUAAUUAUGUAGCUUGGUUCGGUAUUGCAACAGUAUAUGCAAGACAGGAACGUUGGAAAGCUUCAGAGGUUCAUAUUCGUCGUGCCCUAACUAUUCAUCCCCAUUCUGGUGUAUUGAGAUGUCAGCUAGGACUAGCACAGGCUGCUUUAGGUAAAAUGGAUAGAGCUUUAGCAACAUUAGAAAGAGCUGUUGCAUUAGAUACAGAAAAUCCAUUGUGUCGUUUUCAUAGAGCCUCUGUAUUAUUACGUGCUGGUAGACCGCAAGAUGCAUUAGCAGAUCUACAUCAUUUAAAAGAUAUUGCUCCAAGAGAAUCAUUAGUUUACUAUUUGCUUGGUAAGGUCCAUAACAAAUUAGGAAAUACACACUUAGCACUUAUGCACUUCAGUUGGGCCACAGAUUUAGAUCCCAAAGGCACAGGUGGACAUAUCAAAGAGGGUUUUGAUCCCUCAAAACAAGAGGAUCCUCCUGAAAGAUCUUAAUUUUCUGACAAAUAUGAAAGGAUUGUGAGAAUUGCAAAUACACCUACAGGAACUGUUAGCAGUGCAGUCGUACCUGACCGAUCCUUUGUAAAUAUCGCGCUCACCUAUCGAGCUCUUCAUUGACACCAAAUUUCUUCCAAAUAAUAGCUUUAUGGGGUUCGAUGGGUGUGUGAUGGCAUUUAGUCAGUGUAGUAGUAAGGGCGUUGUGGAAAUGUUUAUAUAGAUUAAGAUGUGGAUAUUCCUAAUGUUAUCCUAGUAUAAAUAUCUUGUAUAGCUUAACUAUAGAAUGAUAAUGAAGAGGAUUUUGAAAGAGUUGAUGCUUUUAAAUAUUUGUGCGAUGAAGGCCCUUGAUCUCAAUGAAAAAUUUUUAAAUCAAUUAUCCAAUAUGAAAAUCAUUGACGUAUAAAUAAUAAUAAUGCCAUAGUAAAUUUGUAAUAACACAAUAAUUAUGUCUUGUUGGUAGUAAUGGGUGUUUUAAGUUUAUGUUAUUCUUUAGAAAUUGUGUAAAAUAAAAAUAUAAUAUGGACAUGAAGAUAAUAUAUUUAAAUUAUGUUGAGAUGAUCUCAAAAGCCGCAGAUCACUACCGCCGACUUCAUACGUCCAUCAAGUUGGAUUCUCUGAAUUUAUUUAAAAAGGAUGUUACUACGAAACUUAUCAAUCGAUGCAUGUAGACAUUUUUAAUUUUUGAUAUACAAUGACGAUAAUAAAUAUUUUGAGCUUUCAAUGUUUGUAGAAAUGCCCAAAUUCUGUAUUACAUCAACUUUACAUGGGAAUAAAUAUUAUUGAUGUUAUUAUUGUACAGUACAGAUAUUAGUUUGUAGUAUUUGACAAAUUACUUUCAUGUGUGUAUGUACAUAAAAAAAACAGCACUGUUUGUCAUUUCACAUCACCAAUUCAAUGAACUGCUAAUUCUAAACAGACCUGUCUAGACCACCUUUGAUUAUAUAUGUAUGAACUUAUUGAAUAAAACAAAUGUAUUAAACUUA